AUCUGUAGAAGAAAAAGAUUAAAGAUGAGAAGGAAAAACAAGUAAGACAAAGCGUCAAAACAUGAGUUAGACAGAAAAUACAUGUUGAAUUAAACACAUAUGAAGAGAUUAUUACAAUGACGGCACGCUUUCAUUUCCUCAGUAUUUGGGUUUCGACUGACCAUGACGAGAUCGAGCAGGUGGCAAAAUCCUGGGGCGCCCAGGUGCACCGCAGGAGCCUUGAAGUCUCCAAAGACUCUUCCUCCUCCCUGGAAACCAUUCAAGAGUUUAUGAGGCUCAACCCAGAGAUAGAUGUGAUGUGCAACAUCCAGGCUACCUCCCCGUGUCUCCACCCGUUCCAUUUGACGGAGGCCCUGAACAUGAUCACGCAGCAGGGCUUUGAUUCCGUCUUCUCCGUGGUCAGGAGACACCAGUUCCGCUGGCAGGAGGUCAAGAAAGGAUCUGGGGAGGUUACCAAGGCGUUCAAUCUGGACCCGGCCCACCGUCCACGCCGUCAGGACUGGGAUGGAGAGCUGUGUGAGAACGGCUCGUUUUACUUCACCGUUAAAGACUCCUUAGUGAAUGAGGGACUUCUGCAGGGCGGUAAGGUAGCGUACUACGAGAUGCUGCCAGAGUUCAGCGUGGACAUCGAUGUGGACAUCGACUGGCCUGUGGCGGAACAGAGGGUUCUCCGGUAUGGCUACUUCGGUCGGGCCACGCCAGAGGUGGUUCGUCUGAUGUUCUGCAAGGUUUCCGGAUGUUUAACGGAAGGAAGGAUCUUAUUGUACAAGUCCGGAGAGGAGAUGGUGUCUAUUAAUACCAGAGACACCACGGGCAUCCGCAUGCUGCAGAAAGAAGCAAUGGAGGUUGUGCUGUUGACGUCCAAGCUGGACUCCGUGACCCAGUCUUUGGCUGACAAACUAGCCGAGAGGACGGGCUGCAAGGUCAUCUCGGUGGGAGAGGAGCCCCUGAAUGAUCUGAGGCCGAUGGUGGAGCAGAGGAAGCUGGGUUGGAAGGAUGUGGCGUACAUGGGUAGCGACACACAGGAUAUCAGCUGUCUGAACCUGGCCGGUUUAAGUGCAGUGCCUGGAGACGCUCCGGUGGUCGUCAUCAAUGCUGCAAAGUACACCUGCCACAGUGCCGGGGGAAUGGGGGCCAUGAGGGAGUUUGCGGAGCACAUUCUCCUGCAAAAAGAAAAAGCAAAGUCGCAGAUGGAGCAGCAGCGCAUCGACCGCAAAAACUUUUAAUUCUGAAUGUGAAUCAAUAGAAAAGGCUUCAGGGUAUAGUUCAGGCACAUAUAACGAAUCAAACAUGCACAUAAAAACAUUUCAGCUCUGCUUUUAGAGUUAGAAGUGAAAUAAUUAAUCCUGUUUCCACAUCAAGUUUUGCUCUCUUCUUGGCUUCAAAAAGUGAGAUUAUUAUGCAUGCUCUUUAGACGUUUUACGAAAAUGAAGUUAUCCAAACGUUUCACAGAUUGUACCUUUAAAUUAAAAGAACAGUUUUCUUUACAGGGCUUGUACAAAGUCACUAAAGUAAUCCCUGAAUAUGAGAUAAUUAUCUAUCUAUCCAUAUUAUUAAUUUUGUAUCUGUAAAAUCUCAUUGGGCAACUUCUGCUUCUGUACAAACCAACGGGUUGAAUACUCCAGGAAAAUGUGACUAUUACUUUAACUGGGUUUGCAAUUGUUUGUCAUGAUCUGCUUAUUAUUUGAUGAAUCAAUAAACAGUUUGGGCUUUAA